AUGACGAUCGAGCCCUCCCCUUGUGAUGAGAAGUGCCACUCUUCUGAUAAGAUGGACAUGGCCCGUGCUGAAUCCAUCAAGGCCGGUUCUGUGAGCCGUGUAGUCGACCUGGAGUCCCGCGAGGUUUUUCAGACGGGUGAUGACGUUCUGGAAUUCAGAACGGUCAGUUGGCAGCGCGCUACCAUCAUGUUCUGCAAGAUCAACUUUGCCAUGAGCAUUCUUGCCAUCCCUAAUGCGAUUUCGUCAGUUGGUGCCGUUGGCGGUUCUAUUAUUCUUGUUGGUUUUACAUCUCUGAACGUCUACACUGCCCUCAUCCUUGGCAGUUUCUGCAACAGGCACCCAGAGUGUCACAUGUUGGCUGACAUGAUGGGCCACAUUUGGGGCAAAAUUGGUCGUGAAUUCGUCGGUAUUCAAACCAUCGUCCUUCAGGUUAUUAUUACUGCUGGCGGUGUCGUCACCACAGCCGUAGGCCUCAACGCCCUUUCCAACCACUCACAAUGCACGGCCGUAUUUGGCCUGGUGAGCGCGAUUUUAAUUACUGCUUGUUCCUCUGUCCGUACUUUCUCAAAGCUCGGCUGGAUCACUUGGUUUGGCAUGAUUACCUUCACUAUCGGGGUUUUUGUCUUCACUGUCGCUGUUACCCAGCAAGACCGGCCUGCUGGAGCCCCUCAAACUGGCGACUUUGACCUCGGCUGGAAAGCCAUUGCAUAUCCCGGUUUUGUUGUGGGCAUGGUCAGCUCUGUGAAUCUCUUCAUUUGCACAAGCGGCUCAUCGAUGUUCCUUCCCAUCAUCUCCGAGAUGCGUCGGCCCCAGGAUUACCGUAAGGCCUGCCUUUUGGCUGGUCUCAUCGUAGGCGUUUUAUAUCUUGUACUAAGUCUUGUCAUCUAUCGCUACUGUGGAAGCUGGCUCUCUGUUCCCGCUUUCGGCAGCGCGGGGCCGCUCUUUAAGAAGAUCUCAUACGGUAUCUCGCUGCCUGGCCUGAUCAUCGGCCUCGGCAUCUAUCAGCAUGUCGCCGCAAAGUACGUCUUCGUUCGACUUCUUAGAGACUCAGACCAUCUUCAAAAGAACACUUUUGUCCACUGGGGCCUAUGGCUCGGCAUCAAUAUCGCCCUUGGCACUGCUGCCUUUAUUGUGGCUGAGGCUGUGCCUAUUCUGAAUUACUUACUCGCCUUGGCUGGUGCUCUCUGCGCCGCCCCUUUCAGCCUGAUCUUCCCUUGUCUUCUCUGGAUGUAUGACUUUAAGGGUUAUAGAUCUGGCACCCUCGUGCAAAAGUUGCAGUACGCUGUACACGCCCUUAUAGCCCUAAUCGGCCUCUUCAUGGUUGUUGGAACAGCCUAUGCCGUCGCUGUUGCCAUCAAAACCGCCUUUGAGACUGGCAUGAUUACUCGUGUAUUCGAUUGCGCUGAUAACUCUGGUUCCAGCUGA